UUUACUGUGUAUAAACGUGCUCUGUUUCUGAUCGUUGGUUGGUUUGCUGAUUUCUUCUUGGGUUUUCCAUCCAAUGCGCAGGGUCUCCUGCCGCUGUUCCUCCGGGCGGUGGCGAGGCUGGCGGCGUGCGUCGCGAGCCGGCCGCCGGCGGCCGUUGCGGCGACCGUGCUGUACCACGGCGGGGCGCUGCCGAGGGACCCCCGGCUGGAGCGGCUGGUCUGCGACGGCAUGCUCAACGGCGGCGGCGGCGACAGCCGCAUCCUGCAUUUCGUCGUCGGCGUGAUGAGGUCCCUGGGCUAGCUGCGAGACGUGCCUAGCAUGCUUUCUUCCGUCAGGAGAAUCCACGGAGUUGGCCGGCAUCAGAUUUCUAUAUGUUCGGAGUAGUAGUUUAGUUCGGUACUGACCCAGCUAAUUUGAAGUUCUCUGAAGAGAACGUGCGUGUGUAGAUUAUUGUUAGGCCAGGAAGUCAGUCGGCGUCGGCGCCGGCGCCGUUUAUUGCGCCGGACGGCCACAUGCUCGGCCUUCCUGCGAGAAACAACCCAAAAAUGCUUCGACUCAACGUGGCCAGUCUGACUAAUAAAAAUGCUGUCAUGUGGCAGAAAUUCAAGGUUGAAAUGUCAAAUGCAUACCAACUUAAAACUCACAUGCACACAGCAC